AGCAGCUGUCUGGAUGGUGGUCAUAUGAUGCGCUGUUUUUCACUGUCUCUGCAAAAAUUGAGGAAGAGUCGAUUUAAAAUCGCUUUUAUUUUCACUGUCACUAAAAAAGAAGAUCGUUUUAAAAACAGUCAAGUAUAGAAGGGGGGUUUACUUCAUCUGGAAAAAAACAGGAACAAUGACUGCAGCAUUGCUGGAACAGUGUCGAGAGAGAAUCCGGACUGAACUGGACAGAGUCGUGGAUUUCUGGCUAAAAUAUUCCCAUGACAAGGAACACGGUGGUUUUUUUAACUGCCUUGGAAAAGAUGGGAAGGUCUAUGAUGAGAUGAAAUAUGUGUGGUUACAAGGGAGACAGGUCUGGAUGUACAGCAGGCUGUAUCGUACAACGGAAAGAUUUCACAGACCUGAGAUUCUUGAAGCUGCUAAAUCAGGUGCUGCAUUUCUGCAGAAGUUUGCUCGAGUUCAGGCCUCCAGCGGCCCGGGCAAAUGUGCCUUCUGCUUGACGAGAGAUGGGCGAACAGUGAAGGUUCAAAGGACGAUAUUCAGCGAGUGUUUUUAUGUGAUGGCCAUGGAUGAGCUGUCCAGGAUUACACAAGCCAAAGAGAUGCAGGCAGAUGCUGAGAGCAUGAUGGAUCAGUUGAUAUUCUGGGUUCAGACUGAUUCAUCAGAUCUUGGUCGUCCUCAACUUCCUGGUGAUCCCCCAAUCAACAGCAUGGCAGUUCCCAUGAUGCUCCUGUGCCUGGUGGAUCAGCUGACAGAGGGUAGAACUGAUGUUGCCGAAAAGUACAAAGACCUGAGUGGAUGGUGUGUGGAACGGAUACAGCAGCAUAUACAGAGAGAUGGAAAAGCCAUUUUGGAAAAUGUCACAUUGAAUGGAAAGGAACUUCCUGGCUGUCAAGGGCGGUUGCAGAACCCUGGUCACGCUCUGGAGGCUGGCUGGUUCCUGCUGCAGUACGCGCUGAAAAAAGGAGACGUGCAGCUGAAGAAGACAGCAGUGGAUAAGUUCAUGGAGAUCCCCUUCCACACCGGAUGGGACAAACAACAUGGCGGCCUUUUCUACUUCCUAGAUGUAGACGGUCAUUGUCCGACUCAGUUAGAGUGGAAUAUGAAGUUGUGGUGGCCUCACUGUGAAGCUCUGAUCGCUUACCUGAUGGCCUACAGUCACAGCAGAGAGCCUGUGCUACUGGACCGGUUCAAGCAGAUCUAUGACUACACCUUUGCACAUUUUUCUGAUGAGGAACAUGGGGAGUGGUUUGGAUAUCUGAGUCGUCAAGGAGAGGUUGUGCUGGAUUUCAAAGGAGGACCCUUCAAAGGGUUCUUCCAUGUUCCUCGGUGUCUUUACAUGUGUGAGAAGCUUCUGGAUGGUCUUCUUGAAAAGCAGGAUUCUUGAACUUGCAGACAUUUUGCACUCCAUGACCCAGAUAUGACUGGAAGUGUAACUGCCUUUCUUUCUACUGAUCAGUUUGCAUAAAAAUGCAAUUAUAAAAUUUUAAUCACACAGUUUUAACUAUUCUAAUUGGGUCUUAAUUACUGUUACAUUUUAUAUUAUGGGUUCGCAUUCAUUUUAUUAAUUUAAGCCAUUUAUCCAACAUUUAAAUUAAAAAGGGACCACAGUGUUUUAUGUUCGCUAGCUGUUUGUCUUGUAAAGGAUUUCUACAUAUCAAACGUUUUUAUAUGAGAGUUUAUAAACAUGUUAAACUUUAAACCACUCCUCUAAUGAUCACUGUGCUGCUCUUAUUAGUGCCUCUUUUGGUCCAUCUCAUACAUUUCUUUUAUAAUUUUGCAUACAUUAGUGUAUAAAACACAUGUAAAGACAUUCCAAAUGUGCUGAAUAAAUGUUGACAUGUC